AUGGACGAUCAGGACCCCAAAGCUUCGGCUUCUGGCACCACACCUUCCGCUUCCGUCACAACUGCCGCUACUACACGUGCAACCAAGAACAAACGAUCUUGGAGCGGUUGUGCCAGAUGCAAAAAACGAAGACAAAAAUGUGAUGAACAGAGACCUGGUUGUGGGAGAUGUCUUGCCGCCAAUACAGAAUGCGUUUAUGAGGUUAAGCUGAGAUGGGGUGGGAGAGCGUUUAAUCAGUCUAGGUUUGGUGCUUGUAUUUCUGAUGCGGGCGUUUCUAAGGACAAGGAUAAGGUGAAGAAACUUGGAAGUGUGGAUAAAGGCUUUAUCUAUACCGUGAAUAGCUUUCAAGUGCAGCCUCAGCCUCCGAGAGUGACUGCUGCUCCUGCUCCUGCUCCUGCUCCUGCUGUACAGGCACCGUUGCCAGUGGAACAGCAAGUAUUGGAAGACCCAGCUUUGGAAGACUUGGCUCUGGAUGUGGACGACUCACUGGCCUUGAUCCCAUCAUCGUCUACAGAAGGCAUCAUACUAGAUGACUAUGAUAUCGACUUCUUCCCUUUGUUCGCACCAGUCGAUCCAUUUGUCAAUCUCGGAACACUGGAUCGGUCACUGCUCGAUCACUUCAUCAACGGGACUUCACAUGUCAUCUCAUGUCAUUCCAAGGUACAAGAAGAUGUAUGCCGAGUCAUUGUUCCUGCAGCAUUACAAAGUCCAACUCUGUUUUACGCCACUGCUGCUCUCUCAGCAAUACACCAAAAAUCAAGACUUGGUCUUGGUAGCGACAAUCUAAGACAAGACCCCUUGAUCUCUCGACUGCUCAGUAACAGCUUAUUCGGUCUCCAAAGCGAUCUACUGGAAAAGGAUGUCAACAAGAGUAGUGUACUGCUAGCAACCAUACGAACACUCUUCCUCUGCGAAGUCCACGCAGGAGGUGAUCGUCCCGGUACCUGGCGCGCCCACUUCGAAGGCGCAAAAGCACUAAUGCUGGAUAUUGAGUCUUGGGCCAACUACUCCUCAAAGCAAAGAGAUAGCACGCGCUACUUCCUCGCUCGAUGGUACAACAUGACCGAGAGUUUUGUAGCGCUAACAACCGACGGUCUUGCCUCAGGCCAACUCGCCAGAUUCGGUCCACGCAACCUCUCCGGCGACGAGGAAGAAAAAAUCUACCUGGACGAAUAUGCAGGGUUUGCCACUGACUUGACACCAAUAUUCCGCGAAAUCGGUGCUGCGGCUUGGGAACGGAGGAACCGUGCUCGACCCACCAUUCUCUCAGAAGGAGAUUUGGAUGAAGAAGCCGCGUCCCUGGCAACGUGUAUCUGGACACGCCUUGACGAACAGAAAGUCAAACCUCCGCGGUUCAGACCUGGUGUCGAGGACCAGCUGUCUCCCCGCCAAAAAGACGAUUUCCUGGCCUGUAAUCAGAUUUGGCAUCACAUGGCACUCAUCUACAUCUACCGACGUAUUUCCUCUCAUCCAGCUACUUCGACACCGGUGCAGAGUUCAGUCAAGACGAUUCUUAGCUGUGUGGAGAGUCUCACUGCUACAGCUGGACUUACGCCUCUGGUGGUUAUGACGACGCCGUUGUUUGCUGCUGGGUGUGAAGCCCAAGGACAAGACCGUGAUCGUGUGAGAGCUUUGUUGUCUAAGAUGUUUGAGCUUCUGCAUAUUCCUAAUAUUCACCGCUCCCUGGAAGUUCUAGAAAGUUUCUGGGCUAGCACCGAGAGAGGCGAAACACAAGAUUGGGACAGCUUUAUGCACGAUCAGCAUUGGGACUUUUUACCUUAUUGA